CAAACCGUCUCAAGCCAACCUAGUCUCUUUACGCACUUUGACGACGAUGGUUCAAUCUUCUGCUGUCAAAGAGUUGUGUUUGUUUACCGUUCCAAAUCCUGUGUCAAACCGAAUUUUGAGGAAAGUGAAUCUCUUGUAACGUUUUCGGUUUGUAAUUUCGUCACUGAGAAGUUGUUUUGCAUUAAUCUUCGGCACAAGAUGUCGCAAAUCAAGCUGGAAAAUGAAGAUGAGAUAAACGAGAUGAACGCAAGCAUGCAGAAUCUCAUCGAGCAGGCCGACUGGUUGCUAAGUAACCUGGAACACCGAACAUCGCACAGCAGCAGCAGCAGCAGCAUGUUCGACGACAGUAGUAGCAAUCCUAGCACCAGCCGUAAUAGCAUGUCUGCUAACUAUACUGAACCGGAAAUAGAACAAGGCAGGAGGAGCUUUGUUUCGGAUCCACCAGAUCAUGAUGUUGGCAGCGACAGCUCCGGUGAUACCAUCAUAUUAAGCAACAAUGACGAAGCAAUAGCAGAACACCCAGUCAACAGCGAUGGCACUCGUGCAGCGGUAGCGAAUAAUUCGCUUGCACAGGAAGUAAUUGUAAUCGGUACUCCAAUUGCGACAGAACCCCGAAAUAGGCAACGUGUACGUCGAGAUGCAUACCCGCAAAAUGUGGACACUUCCGUGAUCGAUUUAUCGAAUUACCCAGAAUUUCGUACACCGCCACCAACGGAACCGAUUGUAAUUUCGUCGGAUGAAGAAAAUUAUGAACCAGCAGCACCCCCAGUGACAAUCCAACAGCCAUCAGCUCCUAACAAUUGGAGCUCUAUUACUAUUAGCAGUUAUCAAGUUUCUGUUGAAACUGCGGCUCCACAUUCGAUUUCUCUGUCGGUUCCAAAUGGACGCCGUAUUCGCAGGCGCAACGGACGUUUCACUUAUACUGAAGAUAUCGAGAGAGUGGAAUCAGUAGUGCCCCCCGUGAUCCGAUCACCACCCCCGCCAUCCCAACCGGCAGGAUCCCCAAAAUCAAUGAACAUCAUCUGCCCGAUUUGUUACGAAACACUGGCAAAUCAGCGGGCCAUCUCAACAGCUUGCGGGCAUGUAUUCUGCUCCAACUGCAUCAAGCUGUCUCUGCAAACUGCCAAAAAAUGUCCCAUUUGUAACAAAAAAAUAACAAGGGCAAAUCAAAUGCAUCCGGUCUAUUUUUCAACGGGAUGAUGAAAACAAGUGUUCUUUUACAAAAUAAUUAUUAAUGUGUUGUUGAGAUAAGUUAUAAUGUAAAGGUAUUGAAAUGGUUUGACAAAUGAAGUACUUUGAAUUAUGUAAA